UUCGCAAUCGGGCCGCGCACAUUUGUCGACGAUCCGCGUCUUCAUUCAUGUUCGCCAAGUUUCAUGAACUUUCCGCGUCGGAAGUGCUUCCUCCAUUUCAUGUGUUUCACUUCUCGCUUUCCGGUCUUUCUUUCCCGUGCCUGCCUCUUUCGCGCUUUUUUGUUCGCGACUCCUCGUCUUAGCCGCGGAUCAUGAGUGCUCCGGGUGCUAAAUAACGCAUUCUAUGUUCGCCACGACAGUGCGUGACCAAGGAGAGAUACCUGAUGCAUGCACGUGUCGGGUUUCAACCGGUAAUGGAAUUAUUUUCCCUUAGCGAGGGAAUUGAUUUCCGUCUACGCGGCUCAGUAUGGUGGUCAGUACGACAUACGAUGUCCCUUGACAGACAACGCGGACAGAAACGCUCUCCGUUGGCUUCAACGAGGAGCGAUUCGCGGACGCGCAGCAACAUGGACCUCUUGAGUCCGGCCUUCCGUUCCCUCGAGUUGGGCGACGUGAAACCGCCCAAGGACAAUUUCCUGCAGGUCGAGCGUAACGAGGUUCUGGAGAAGAACAGCGACGACGAGGACGCGAGGGAGCGCAGGUUCAAGUCGAGCAGGGAGAAAUCGCGCGACGAGCUGCCCACGAUCGACCUGGACGAGGUCGCUUGGCACGACACGCCCGACGAUUGUUGGCUCGUGAUCUACGAUUACGUGUACGAUUGCACGGAAUUCUUGAAGAACCAUCCGGGCGGCCAGGACAUCCUACUGGAGUACGCCGGACACGACGCCACUCUGGCGUUCAUCGGCACCGGACACUCCGCCGUCGCCAGGAAGACCUUGGAGCGCUACAUAAUCGGCGAACUGCCGCCGGAAGAGAGGAUCUUCCGCAUUCCCGACGGUGUCAAGGUACUGGGAUUCUGAUUCGCUCCGAAUCGCCGUACCUUGUUAUCGCGCUCAAUCAGGUAGCAAUGAACCCUUUCGCUGCGAAGGUCGCGGUUAGUCAAAAGUGGACGGAUGUUUGCGAGGAACGUGUAUAUAAACACGUUUAUAUUUAUAAUAUUUCGUUAUAUUUAUGUAUAAUAUAUACGGCAUAGGAUAAGCUAUGUUAUAUCCGCGCAUGUAAGUGCUCUUAAUAAGAUCGAGUUUUUAUAUCGAAUAUAAUAAUUUAAUCAGUUACCACUGUUGUAUAUAACAUAUUAAUUAUAAUAAUUUAAUAAAUUACUGCUAUUCAAGAAGAAGAAAAUGACGACAGGUGACCGUCUGGUUUGCAGCGGAAGGGUUAAGCGUACUUACGUCAGGGGAAUCGAAACCGAUAUAACCGAUAUCUUUUCGCCGUCGCAGCGUUGAAAGUCUCGUCGAGAUCAUAUCGGUUUCGGCCGACUGCGAAACUCAGGCAGCGACUGACGCACAAAAGCGCCUGCGAUCCGUUUGUUUCCGACGAUUAUCACCACGCGAUAGAUUUUCGAUCAGUAUUCACCGCCGCGAUCGCGGAGCGUUAAGCGAUAAUCCGACGAUAGAACGCCAUUCUCCUUUUUACCGGUUGCCUCCGCUAAUUGAAAUCGAAGCUCCGAGGUAGAACGAUCGAUUCACUCGGACACUUUAUUGGAUAUUCCGGCGCUCAUCCCGUUAAGUAUCGAGGCGAUUCCGCGGAUCUCUUUGUCCGCGAAUAGCGAUAAAUAAAUCAUCUCGGAGAUAUAUGUUCAAUAACACGGCGAGUAUCGCGAGUAUCGCGAGAGAACGCGAAGGUGUAUGAUAUCUCGAGCGAAGAAUAACAACUGAAGAGAUAUAUAUAUAUAUUAAUGUAAUGCAUGCAGCAAAACCUUGUCGCGACCUCCGGGAAGAAACGAUAACCCGGCCGGCCCGAUCGUCCGAUCAGUACUAACGGUAGGUCGAUGAUAGUGCAAGCAUCGCAGGAUUCGCAUUAACUCGGCAAAUUUAAGAUAUAUUCAUUGUCACUUGUAGAAAAACUGCGACGAGAGAGUGGAGUUUGUAAGAAUAAUCCGCAAACUGCGGACAUCGCAAAUAAUAUAAGCGUUAUCGUAAAGAGAAUAUCUUUCCUUUGGUUUAAUUAUAAGUAUGUAUAGAAUAAAAUAGAUAUGUAAGAAAAUAUAAAACGAUAGUUUCAGCAAGUCGAGUUUACUAGAAAGAAUAAUCUUACUUCAAACGUCGAAUUUUCGAAAAGCGAGGAUCUAACGAAUCCAUUGGUCACCAAGUUGGCUACCACGCUAUACUUUUUUUAAACUCAUGUAUCCUCCUGUAUUCGCCUACACUAUUUUGAAUCAGAUGCAGGCCUAGGUCAACUAAAAAGAAACAGCAAGCCUAAUGUGUUCUCGCGGUUCUAACGAUUCGCGAGGCGAAGAUCACGCCUCCAGACAAAUUUUAUUCGCGACUGCGAGUCAACAAAGAUAACGUUCUGCGGCGGUAUGAAAGCUGCGCGUGUUUUCUUUCCUUCUCGUGAUGCUUGCAACGUACCGAAAAGAAAAAUGCGUAUCUGGAAACACACGCGCGAGACGGUAGCGCGUUAGAUAAUACGAGGAAAAUAUACGUCGUUAAUAUCGGCGGCGCAGCGUCAGCAGUUCAGAGCGUUUUUCGGCAUUGCCCGCGACUCGUCGAACCGCGGGGUCAAGUGCGUGCGCGCGCGCGUACGAUGAUAACCGCUUGCUUUCUCCUACCGUCCGAACUUUCGGGGCCAAUUACGCGCAAUUAAUCAUGGCUGUAAUUGAUUCGCGCGCGCGACACGAUCGCAGACGGCACUGUCGCAACUAUCGAUUACUCUCGGCAGAUUACCGUAACCGAAAUCCGAUGAUACAACGCGAGACAUCCGGGGUCGUGCGAUCGCCUUUGAACUUUACCACCGCGCCGAAAUACUUCAAAAGCGCUACCAUGACCUGCAUCAAAGUUGCCCGGAGUCACGUCGAUAAUCGAUGUCGAACGCGCUGAUAUUUCUCGUAGCAGUGAGAUGAUGCAUUUAUAGGCCACGACCGUAGCCGGGAGAAGGAUUUGCCAACAAUUAUCCCGAGGUUUGGUCAAACAGCUUCGAUUAUUUGCCGAAUCAUUUAGUACCAUUAUGCAGUGUAUGUUGCAGUGAUCGAACAACUUAAUGGAAACUAUUCAACAAAAUCGUUACGCAAAUCCUUUUCUCAGUGUGCCCUCCGAAUCUCAUCUAUGCGGUAAAAAAGCUUUGUGUUAAAUUAACAUGAGUACGUUGAAAAAUAAUACAAAUAUUGCAAGAAUCAACA